AUGGUAUUAAUUCUCGAUCUCAUUCAUGUAGUAAUGAAAAAAAUUCCCUACCUCGUGAAAGUUUAUUUAUCAUCUGAAGAUGAAACAAGUAGAAGUUUAUUAACAAGAGAAUCAGCUCUGUCACUAAAUACUUAUCGAUCAUCAUUACCUAUUUCAACAUGUACAACUGGUAUUUGGAAAUUAUCGAUUGGUUGUCAAGUAGCAAAUUCAAAUAAAUUAAUAUUAUCUUCAUCUUGUCGUCAUGAAUUUGUAUCUGAAGUACAAGUUGUAACAGCAAUUAAAGGUAUUUGUCUUGUAUCAUGGCGUACAGAUCAUCGAUUCCAUCGUACAAUAAUUCUAUAUGAAAAAACCUAA